AUCGAGAGAUUUAAUAUAUGUGGCAGUACUAGAAUCAAGUUGUUCAUGCCAUUUGUUGAUAUAAUUGUAACAUAAAUUGUACGUGUAAUUAUAACAUAAAUAUUACAUCAACACGUUUAUUUGCGAUUUAUAUUCAAAAUGAACAAUGCAAUUGGUAUUGCACGUAUAUUGAAUAUAUCUUGCAAACGAUAUUUAAGUUCUGUUAAAUUACCUCAAGAAAUUGUUAUACCACUGAAUAAAGAUAUGAUCAUUUGUUGGCAUCCAGAACGAGAAUUUCCAUAUGAAUAUUCAUUGCCAUUACCAGAGGAAAAACAAGUUUCAUCGAAUUCUGUUUUAUGUAUUGGCGAAAAAGAGAUCGCCGAGGUUUUUAAGCACAAGAGAGAAGAAGUCGUUGUUGACGAACUUUCUAAAAUUACAUACACUACAAAACAUAGAUGGUAUCCCAAAAACUGGCGUCGAAGAUUACGAAAAGUAGAGCCAGAAAGACCAUAUCUGUAGUUAUAUGCUUAAAUUAAUUCAUUAAUAAAAUAAUAAUAAAA